GUGGAACUGUAGACGUAACGGCGCACGAGAUCUUAGAUUGCGACAAAGUAAAAGAGGUUUUGCGUCCUUCUGGUGGGAAUUGGGGAGGAACAAUUGUUGAUGACAGUUACAUAUCUUUUAUCACUGCUUUGGUAGGACAAAAUACUAUAAAACAUUUUGAAUCCAAGCAUGCUCUUGGUCUAUAUGAGCUGUGUCGAGAAUUUGAAAUUACCAAGCGCAAAAUAUCACCUCAUUCUGAUCUGAAAACAACUAUUCGGUUUCCAACAGCUCUUGAAGAUUCCUACAGAGAAGCAAAUGCUGGAGGAAAUGUCAAGGCCCUUUCCGAGAUUUUCUGGCAAAAAGAAAAACGCGCUAUUUCUUUCUAUAAAGAUAAGCUAAGAAUAGACACAAACACAGCAAAUGCUUUUUUUGAUGAAUCAGUAUCACAGAUUAUCCAACAUCUUCAAACUAUUUUAAACUCAUUUGAGGGGAAAUUCAUCUCUACAAUAUUGUUAGUUGGUGGUUUUGCAGAAUCGGCAGUUCUAUUUGAUGCAGUCAGACGCCAUUUUCCCGAAAGACAUGUUAUUAUUCCAAAGGAGGCUGGAUGGGCAGUUUUAGCAGGGGCUGUUAUAUUUGGUCAUGAUUCUAGUUUAAUAGAAAAGAGAAAGAGCAAGGUCACAUAUGGUGUUGCUUGUUCUCAAUUGUUCGAUCCAGAUAUUCAUGAACCAAAAUAUUUAUUUUUUAGAGAUGGAAAAGCGUGCUGUAAUAACAUGUUUCACAAACAUGUAGAAAUUGAUGAAAUAAUCAACGUUGGGAGUUACCAAUCAGACGAGAUAUAUGAAUUAACUUCUACGUUUGAUUUCACAUGGGAUAUUUAUUCUUCAGAAGAAAAGAAUCCUAUGUACAUCACAGAUGAAGGUUGUAACAAGAUUGGUACCUUGAGGCUCCCAAAAAGAGACGUAGAUCUCGACAGCAAAAUGAGAAUCCAAAUGUCAUUCAGCAACACUGAAAUAGAAGUUAAAAUGACUUACACCAAGACUGGAGAAUCGACACAAAUUUUUCUCGAGCAAUGA